AUCUCUGAAGCUGCCACAGCCAGCAUAAAUGUACAAAUUUGGUGUCGUAUGUUUAUAUAAUUUUUCGCAAACAUCUUGAAAAUGGCUCCAAGAAGUGAUAUCUGGCGUUAUUUCAUCAAAAUUCCGCUUUCCGGUUCAGCAGAAGGUAAAGAGUGUAGUGCAAAAAUAAAAACCAGUGGCAAUACAGCGAAUCUUUGGAGACAUUUGGAGCGGCACCAUCGAAAGCAAGCCAAUAUUCUGAAAAAACAACCAGGUUAAGAAGUCAUCACUGUUUCUGAUAGCUCUGAGAAGGAUACACAAGGAUCAAACGCUGAUGAGACAACGGAUGCAUCACCUGCAACGGAUGAAGCUUCAUGUAGCAAGGGACAACCAUCAACGUCGAAACAGAGUUCUUUGGCGAUUUCGAUUCGCGACUCAUUCGCGAAUGUUUCAGCUUUUGGAACUAAAGGAUUCAAGACUAUUCAGUUGGAUGAAGCGUUGAUCUACAUGAUAGCAUCAGAUAAUCUCCCCCUUCGAACAGUUGAGAAAAAAGGAUUCUUGCGUUUUACGAAAACAGCAGCACCGUUAUACAAAGUACAUAGUCGUAAAACAGUCACCAAAAUGCUCGAUGAUAAAUACGAUUCUUUGAGCCAAAUGGUCAAGCUGGUUAUUGGAAAUUGUGACAAACACAGCAUGACAACGGAUGUGUGGACGGACACUGCUAACAACAAAAGCUUUAUGGGAAUGACUAUACAUUACUUGGACAAUGAUCAAAAGACUAUGAAAUCGUUCGCCCUAGUGGCACGACCUUUAGAAGGAUCUCAUACGAAAAACCAUCUAGUAGAAGAGCUAAACCGUACGUGCUCUGAAUGGAAUAUCGUUAUAAACAAGAUAAGCGUUCUUGUAACCGACGGUGGGGCAAACGUAGUCGCCGCUGCUCAUGAACUAGUAGGAAAGUCCCGUCAUAUGGUUUGUAUUGACCAUUCUCUCGCUAGAAUGGUGACAGUAGCCACUGAAAGAUCCAAACGGUUCGAAGAGUUGCUGACAAAAGUUCGUGCAAUUGUGACCUUUUUCAAGCGUUCAACAAAAGCAGCAGAUGACUUGCGAGCUUUACAGACUAAGACGGGAAAAACGGUGGGAGAACUUAAGAAACUGAAGAAGGAUGAACCUACCAGAUGGACCAGUUAUUUUCAAAUGCUGGACAGUUUUAUUCAGUUGGCUGAGGAGGUUGGCGUUGUUCUUCUGAGGUACGAUAAUGUUCCCAUGCUAUCAGGAUCAGAUCUGUCUGCUGCUAUAGAAAGUCGUAAUAUUUUUCAACCUAUCAUGCACGUGAUUACUGAACUGGAAUCUGAAAAAAAGUCAUUGGCGGGAAAAGUUAUCCCUUUAUUGAGCAUGAUGAAAACGGUACUGGAGUCAUUCAAUUCAAAAACUGAGUGUGUCAAACAGUUGAAAUCUGCGCUGUUAGACCAGUUCAACAGCCGAUUCCAGCAUAUUGAACUCGUCGACGGACUUGCAAUCGCGACGCUUUUAGAUCCUCGCUUUAAAGCGCUUCACUUGCAACCAAUAUCGCAUGCGAAUGCUGUAACGAUGGUCUCGGAAAAACUAAAAUAUUUUGAAAGAGAAGAACGAGGACGACGAUGUGCAAGCACAAAAAUCGUCGAUAAUGUAUCAAGUCAGCUCAAUAACGAUGACGAAAAUUUGUGGAAGAUACAUGAUCGCCUGGUAGUAGAACGCACAGCUUCAAUGGAGCACGAUGAACCGGGUAACAUAUCUAGUGAACUCAGAAACUUUCUGCACCAACAGGUUAUCCCAAGAAAUUCCGACCCGCUAGAAGCAUGGGACACUAUAAAAACAGAAUAUCCAAAUUUAUAUUUUAUCGCUUCGGACUAUCUGUCGAGGAUGGUCACUUCAGUUCCUUCUGAAAGGUUAUUUUCGCGUACCGGAAGAACAUGUCAAAACCGCUUCAGGCUAAAUGCGGAAAGGAUGGCUAGGUUGACUUUCCUUGGCACGCUAGAAGAAAUACAUUGGUUUUCGAAGUAAA